CACGUUGUACACUUGUAUGCUUUUGAGUAUAAGUGACAAUAAAACUAAUUCAGUCAUUUCUGUCGAAUUGCUCAAGGCUAAUAACUUCUGCACAGAUCAUCAAUAUUGUACUUUUGCCGAUAGAAGUUGAAGUUUCCUUUGGAAAGUUCAUAGAAUAAUUAAAAUUCGCGAAUGGCCGUGAAGGGACAAAUUUAUUCCACCACUUUCGGCUGGAGGGCGCCUGAUGUUCCCGGAUCAUUUUUAACUUGAUAAGCCUUGCGGUCUGUCAUGUUGUAUGGCUCUUCCGUCUGAGGAAUCCCCCGUAGCAACCGGACCUAAACGCCUUCUGAGGCAUCAGCACCUGACCAAUUCUGGCUUCUUAUGUGCCCCCAGAUUUUAAUCGCGUCAUGAUUGGCUACUGUAUCAAUAAAGGAACAUGCAAGCUGAAGACGUGGCUUCCUGUUCUGGCUGCAAUCCUGGUGCCCGUCUGCACUGCCCUGGCGAACCGAUAUCACCACCGGCUGAUCCGCUUCUACCGUCACCGAUUCCUGGGCUGGUUUAAGACCUGCCUGACCGGAAUGUCCCCGGAAGAACGGGCGUUCCGUUACGUUUUGACCAACUCGACACACGGGAAGCCCGAGAGUGUACUAAGCACAUUGGACGAGUGGUGUGGCAAAUACGAGUGUGUGACAAGCACCGGCCCCGCCAAAGGUCAGAUCCUCGAAUCAGUGGUACAGCGCAGUGGCCCGGUCAGGGCUCUUGAGCUGGGAACAAAUUGUGGUUACUCAGCAAUUCGCAUUGCAAGGCUCCUCACACCCGGAGCAAAGCUGUAUACAUUGGAGCAAGAUCCCAAAACUGCUGAAGUGGCUGAGGAAAUGAUGCUGGUGGCAGGACUGAAACACACGCAGUUCCAAGUGAUCACUGGAUCUCUUUGUGAGGUCAUUCCUCGAUUCAAGAAAUGGCUCGGGGUGGAGACAUUCGAUUUUGUGUUUCUGAACCAGGGGCAAGGUGCAGACUAUUUGAAGAACCUGCGUCUGCUGGAGGAAGAGAGACUGCUGUCAAAAGGCUCGGUGAUCCUGGCCAACUGUAUAACUUGCUCAGGGGCAGCUGGAUUCCUCAGCACGGUCCGUGGUGACCCUCACUAUCGCACCUCAUUCCACCCCUGCCCAGCUCCUUACGAGAAAGACAUCGCAGAUGGAAUGGAAGAGUUGGUUUUCCUCAAGGACGAUGGAAAAAGAAAUUAAGUCGUACCUCACAUCUCUCCUGGAGUUAGGGAAAAGUGGUCAGUAUGUUUUUAUUGAGCGGUUUUCUUCAUUCUCAGAAAUGGCUCAAAAUAAAAAUCUUUGAAGUUCUUACAA